GCCAGUCAGGGAACGUGCGGCAUUCCUCGCGGGGCACAGCGACACACCGCGCCUCACACAGCACGCGAACGGCACGAGCCCGCCAGCCGGCCCCCAUGGACAGCACCGUCAGCAUCGCCAAGCUGGAGAGCGGCCCCUCCGCCGCCUCGCAGCACUUCCUGCAGCCGGCCGCCUGCUUCUACAGCCAGUCCCUGCAGCUCAGCCCGUCCGAGGGCCAGCCGCCCGCCAAGUCCCUGCCCCGCCAGGUGAAGCGCCAGCGCUCGUCCUCCCCCGAGCUUAUGCGCUGCAAACGGCGGCUCAACUUCACCGGCUUCGGCUACAGCCUGCCCCAGCAGCAGCCGGCCGCCGUGGCCCGCAGGAACGAGAGGGAGCGGAACCGGGUCAAGCUGGUCAACCUGGGCUUCGCCACCCUGCGGGAGCACGUGCCCAACGGUGCGGCCAACAAGAAGAUGAGCAAGGUGGAGACCCUGCGCUCGGCCGUGGAGUACAUCAGGGCGCUGCAGCAGCUGCUGGACGAGCACGACGCGGUCAGCGCCGCCUUCCAAGCCGGGGUCCUGUCACCCACCAUCUCCCCCAACUACACCCACGACAUGAACUCUAUGGCAGGCUCGCCUGUCUCCUCCUAUUCCUCCGAUGAAGGAUCGUACGAACCGCUGAGUCCAGAGGAGCAAGAGCUGCUAGACUUCACCACCUGGUUCUGAGCCCCUUCCAGCAGGUCUGCUGCAAUCACCUGCAGGUUUAUCUUUCUGCUCUGGGAAAAAGAAAAACAAAGUGAAGCACACACAGGAGUCCCUCCAAGAUACACUGAAGCAAGCACUAGAAUUUGCACUCCAGUUCAAUUCAAAGGAUGCAAAGAGACUCCAGACUGUGGCUGUCAUGAGCGGUGAAGCACACACCAUUCAGCUCACAUAUGGAAAGAGAUGUUGUCUGUCCCAAUAGGGAUUCCAAGAACAACGAGGGGCUUACUAUGCCCACCACCCCCACAAGAAAAAGAAAAUUAAAUCUAAAGCCCUCACUGACUGACUUUUCCUCCAUUCGAGGAUGCAGAUAGAUCAAGGAUUGUGAUUUGAGGAGUUUUAAUUCAAACUAUGCUGUCAUUCAAAGAAGAUCUAGAAC